GGUAUGGCCUACUGCGGCGCGAGCCCGGAGAGCGAGCUGCUCGAGCAUUUCUCCUGUCUGUCUGUUGAUGACGACAGUGUGAUUAUAAACGAGCUCAGUGACUCUGGUGUGAACCCGGGUUUAUUAUAUUUAAGUGAUGAGGUGCUCAUUGUGAUUUUGAAGCACCUGGAGCCGGUGUCGUUGCUGAGGCUCGGCAGCACGUGCUGCAGGCUGUUCACGGUGUGUUCCUGCGACUCGCUCUGGACUCCACACUUCCGGGACUCGUUUGGUAUAGGCCUGCCAAACAUCACCACAGCUGGUUACGCCGCCAAGACCGCUUUUCGUUUAGUGUUCAUGUGGAGAGCCCUUUUCCGAAACGUCCACUGCAACCGGUCCCUGCAGGAGAAGCUGUUUGCUGAAGUGCCCUACCCUCCUCAUGCGUACUGGACGCAGUGGCUGGUGAUAGAGGAGCGAGUGCCGUUACCUGCCGCACAGCUAACGUGUGCUGAUGUGGAGAAGCUGUGGGGGAUGCCGAGAGAGCUGUUUACAGAGAAACUUGAAGUGACCCCAGAAGGUGAUGAGAUGCUCAGGAUGGAAUGGAGGGAGCUGUACAACCUCGCAGUCACUCAUCAUGGCAGUACAGCGAUGCUCUUUCACUACGUCCUUAAGCAGCACCAAAGCAGUGACCAUUCUGAACUGCAGUCAAUGUACCGCCAGUACACACAGUGCAGGUUCCAGUGGUUGUUCACUUACUGGCUCUUUCGCCAGCCUGCUCCACUAAACCGUCAGCUCAGAGCCAUUUACCUGCAGUGGAGGAAACACAGUAAGAAGAAGGUUUCAACAUGGGGAGAAACGGUGUGUGAUGUGAGAUACCUGGCCUCCCUACAUCCUAUCACCAGCGACUACUGGAGGGGCAAACUGGCUCGGGGAGACGAGAAUGUCGGGAUCCAUACAGUGGGAAACUACUUCUCUAUGUGCAAGUCACUGGUGGCUUGGAUCCUUGGCCGUGACUGGGGCAGACUGAAACGCCGAAAGGUUUACGAGGACACUCUGGAUGGCGUGUACCUGCUGCUGAAGAGGGAGAUGCAGGAACGGCUGGUGGAACACGAGAGGUUCUGGCAGGUGGCCAAGGUGCAGAUGGGCCGAGUAUGCACGCUGGAGGAGACGGCCGUGAACUACGUCAACUGGAAGAUGAUCGAGACGCUUCCCUAUUACAAGCUGUUUUUGGUGUCGGGGAACGGCGUGUACCUGCAGCACGUGCAAGGUUUCCUGAGCAGGAAAAAGAUGCUUCAUGACUGGAUCUACCUGGAGGACAACACCUGGCUCAGAGAGAUGCUUCCUGAUGAGCUCUUCACACUGCUGGAGUUUAACACAAAGAUCUCUCAAGGCAAUCUGCACGGCGCGUCUGCGAGCGCUCAGCUCAGUCGGCUCAUCUGGCUGUACCUGCACUCAGGUGAGCAGCUCUACAUGGAGGGAGUGAAACAGACGGUGCUGCAGAACGUUUACGCACGACUAGGCAUCGGCACCGGCGUCCUCUCAGCGGACCUCUGGCAGCCCGUCCUCUGGCCUGGCUCUCCAUGAACUGGCACAGAGAAAGAAGGUGCUUUCUCAUGUGACUUACUUUUAGGGGACCAUGAGUCCAUUUUAUACUUUUUUAUAAUUUUUUUUAUAUAUAUUUAUAUAUACAUGUGUAGUAUAUGAUGUAUAUUUUUUUAGUCAUUUUAUUGCUCCUGCAUAUUGCAGUAAUUUUUUCUUUUUUGGGACUGGAGCUGAAUGUUAAAAGUUUGAUGGAUCUGGAGUGAAGCCAGACGCUGAACUCGAUGCUUUAGUGUAAAUCGGUUUUUAGAAGUGUUUUACAGCCGAUGUCUGUGAGCUACAGUGUGAAACUCUUGUGUGUGUGAUCCUGAAUGUUUUAACAUUUUAAAUGAUGUACAGUCACCUCAUGAUGGUGAAUUUUCCCUUUUUUUUUUUUAUAUGUAUAUUUUUUUUAGAUAAGAAAAAUAUUCUCCAUUUUGUACCCACUCAGAGUUUAAGGUCUGUGUGGCACAUUCAAUUCCCAAAUACUUUUUUCUUUCUUACCCUGCCCCCCCCAACACCACACCCUACCUCAAUAAUCCUGUGACUAUUAAAGUCCCUUUCAGCCAA